AUGGCCCCAACAAUAUCCGAACACCCCCAUACCCCAGUCAACCUCCACAACGCCCGCAAGCUUCGCGACAGUUGCACGGACUGCGCCAACUCCAAAGUCAAAUGCAGCAAAGAGAAACCGACCUGUGCUCGCUGUGCUCGCCGAGAGGUAACCUGCACAUACAGCGUGUCCCGGCGUAGCGGCCGAACCGCCUCCCAGAUCCUCAAAGCAGCCCGUCUCGAGAAAGACGACCUCGCCGUCAACCGCCGCUACCCCCCCAAAGCGUCCUCGUACAUCCCGGGACUCUCCGAGACCUUCUUCCUCCGAGGUAUCCCCUCAGACCCGUGCGGCUGA